AAACCUAUUGUAUUUGCAUUUAGCGAUAAGAGAAUGAACGUGCACCUGGACAGCAAGUUGUCUCAAUACUUAUCGGGAAGGUCGUAAACUUGUUCCGCUUCUUUCAUAUCUUUCGUAUCAGCACAUGCUCUGCGGGGACGCGCUUUGAUAUAUGCAUCAAAUUGUCAUUGAUGCGUUCUUAUCUGAUGUAACUAUGACCACACAUGGAGGAAAUGGUUUGCAUGCAAGUCAAAUGGCGAUCAAAGACUUGUUGAUUAACACGUGACGUUUAAGUCAUCGCAGUACGAUGCUGAUUUAUUUGUUUGAUCUUGAAUCUUAUCUUGAACAAUCCUUCGUCGGGUCGAGUAGUUUAGGCUACCUUUACCGUAAACAAGUAAAUACAAAAAAUAUUUAAUAAAUCAAUCAGCCAACUUACAAGGAUUUACCGGAUUAUUUUUUCUCGGGAAUGCACGAUUUCCCGUGUUCUGUGCGUUCGGAUAGUUGCAAGGAUUGUUACAUAUACGGUCGGGUAUUAAAUCAAAGAGGAACUAUGAAAACCUCGCGUAGGGCUCUGCUGCUCUCGAAGCCGUCACCACUAAGACGAAGUCAAUCUGUAUCAAGUGCCCAGGGCAGUACAUGUAUGAGAGAUGGGCGUUCUAGCAGCAGUGACAGGGGAGCCAUUGUGGAGACCACCCCCAUGAAGACAGCCAAUGGAGGAACAGUCCAGCAGUCCUCGCAACACACUGGCUACAGAGCACCCAGGAUUCUCAAGCUGGAAAAACCUGCUCCACUUUCGGCCAAGAAAACAGAACAAAGGGGUAGGAAAGGCUCAGAAACUGCCAAUGCUGUAAUUUGUUCAUUGGUCAACAGAAAGAUGAGGCUAGAGUCCCAGCUGAGCUGUGACUCAGGUCUUGGAGACACUUCAGUUUGCAUGGCCAGGUCAGACAGUGUAUCAGACAUGCCAGUGUACUGUGGAGAAGUGAAGACUCGGUCCAUGUCUGUGGAUGAAGGCCUGCAUGAAGACUUGCACCUCCCAGACUCACAGCGCUGGGCAAACCACAACAACAACGGCAAUGACAUAGAUCAUGGGAUCCUUGAUAGGUACCUAGCUGCCAUACCUGCCAGGGAAAGAAGCCCAAGUCCCUGUGAGUCCAUCUCUGAGGUAGAGACAACGCCCACUAACAAGGUCAAUAUCUGGGACCUUGUGAAAAAUGGCCAAAGAAGACAGAUGAAGAGUUUGGCUACAGACUUUGAUCCAGCAGCGUAUCGAGACAGGGAUAGUGUUUCUGUCGAUGAGAGUACGUCUGAUAGUGUCAGUACUAAGACCACUGAGGACCAGAGUGAGCAGGCGUAUGACUUGGAAGACAUGGAUGACCUCACAGACGCCUUUAAUAAAGUGACCCUGACCCCUCAAGCCUCAAAGGAGAAUUCUUAUAGCAGUUUAGACGAAAAUUUUGGUGGAGAUUGUUCCAACAACUAUCCUUGUAACAUUGAUGAAAUAGAAGCUGAACUUGAUUUUGAAGUUGAAGAAAUAACUACACAAGGCAAUGAUGAAUCUUUGAAUGGAAUAACCACAACUAACAAUAAAGUUGUCAGGAAAAGUGAGCUUGAGAAUAGUUCUCCGCAUGGUCAUGUUGUUGUAUUGCGGCAACCAUUGGGCCCAGGUAGUAGUAAGGAUGAGAUACGAAGGAUUGAAGACAACACGACGGGUGGGAAAAGGUCUGCGAAAUUCCGGAGAAGAAUGUUCAAAUUCUACAUAAUGUGCAAUUCAGAGGAACCAAAACCAUGGAUCUGGUACAAACCAGAGUCAUUGUUGAGACUUGCAGACAGCAAGUUGUCACGACAACCACCGGUAGACUGGGUCUCCAAAGUGAAUUCAUAUCCAGACAUUUGCUUGCAACAGGUUUCUUUAUUCUUCGAUUAUGAAUGCUACCUAGCCCUACGGCACCAUCCCCGUUCAAACUAUGUGCAUGGCAUAAAAGACAAUCCUACAAGUUGGCUUGGUGCCAGUAAUGAUACUGGGCGUAAAUCGCCCUCGGAAAUUGGUUUCAGACACAAUCAAACAGGGCUUGCUGGUGGCGGAAGUAAUUUCUGGGGCGGAGAAUUCAACAGUAGAAAAAGAAGAGAUGAGUUGAAUGAAAGGCAGGAUGCAGGAAGUUGGAGUGGAAAGCAUGGACAGGGACAGUGGUUUGGAGAAAGGCAUGUCAUUAGUGCUGCUGCUGGAUGGAAUAAAGGGCCAGGUGUUGAAGGAAAUAAAUGGCAGGCUGAGCAAGAUAUGGUGUUGGGUUGUAAAGAAGAAUGGAUUCUUCAGAGGGGGGAUUUUGUGGAGAACACUGCAUGUAGUGAGAUAAACUCUAAUUCGAACUGUGAGCCGAAUCUGGACCAGAAAUGUGACGUGAGCGUGCGUGGAGGUGUGGUCAGUCUGAUCCAGCCCCUUGUCACUGGCAAGCCUCCAGUCAGGGGGAGGGGCAGGGGGCGUAAUCUCAGUCAGGGCAGCACAGCAGCUGUUGGGUAUAAGGCCACAGAUGGACCAGUCUGUACAGGGAAUCCAAAUGACAAUUCCUUCGCUCCGAUUGGAAGGGGCUUGAGACGUUCCACCUCUGUGCCUCUGGAUAUAGCGGCACUUGGAGACUGUAGACCGAGCAUUGGGAGAGGUCGGGCCAGGCGUCCGAGUGGGGAGGUCGUGGCAGCGCUUGGGAGACAGUUGUCAGGACCUCAGCAGUUAAAUGCUGUAAAUGCUGGAUGGAAUGAGGACUUUGACUUUGUUUUAAAUAAAGAUCUCUUGCCUGAAAAGUGCAAUUGGUAGAGAUUGUUGCUGAUAUUGUUGUUCUCUUGUCCGAAAAGUGCAAUUGGUAGACAUUGUCAUUGAUCUGUGGCCUAGAAAGUGCAAUGUUAUUUUGUAAUUGCCAAAUGAUCACUAGUCAAACUUUUCUAUGACUCCAAAAUGAAAGUCAUAAAUGUUGCUAUCCAAUAACUUUUGAUGGGAUUCUGUUAACCAUAAUAAAUUGAUGAAAACACUUAACUAUUUUUGCAGGCUAUGUUUUUAGUGGGUUUUAUUAUAAAAAAAAGUGUAAUUAUAUCAUAACAAUAUCAGAACUAUUUAAAUUAUUGUUGUUUUUAAUUUGUUUCCAAACAUUUAUUUUUGUUGUUUCAUUUUAAAAGGAAACCAAAUAGUUCAUUAUGACUAAAACAAGUAUUUUAGGAACCAUUUUAAAUGCCAAAUAGUGCAUUGUGUACAUAAAAGAAAAUGUAAAUACAGGAAAAAUGCAAAAAAAAAAAAAGUACAGUUUUAUUUAUUUUUUGGGUGACCGUGAUAUGCUCAAGAUGAGGUAUUGUGAUCAGUCAAAUGUUGUGUGUUGUGGAUUGUCUCAACUUUAACCUGGUGGCCACAGUUUUGGCUCAAGCUUCUUGAAACUUGGUCAGGAUGUUUUUCUUGUCUAAAAAUAAGCCAUGUUGGAACUUGGAAUAGAUGGGGUAAAAAUUUAGGUUAAUGGUCAAAUCUUAUAACAUCCUUCAUAAGAAACCACACUGAUAAAACUUUUUCAGAAUCUUGACAAUAUUUAGCCAAGGGAAUUUUGAAAGUGGGCUCAGAAACAAGCUCUCAAGAUCAAAUCAUAGAAACAUCUUCACACUGGAGGCCUUAGUUAAGUCUUCAGACUCAAUAUGAUGGAACUUAAUCUGAAUGUUUAUCUUUAACUCUUUCAGUGCUGGAACCGAAUUUUGAAGGCCUUUGCAAACAGUUUGGAUCCAGAUGAGACGUCUCAUCAGGAUCCAAACUGUUUGCUAUUCUGAUAGUAUUCUUUGAAAAAAAUCGAAGAAAAUGCUAAUUUUAGAAAUUCAGCAGACAACAUUUUAGCAGACGACAAAUUUCCCAGAAUGCAAAGGGUUAACUUAUCUGGGCGCAGUUUGAAUCUGGGUCACAUGAAGAACCUGGUGAACUACGAGGUCGCUAGAUAAAUGUGUUGUGUUCUGAGAAAACUGGGCAUAAUGCAUGUGCGUAAAGUGUCGUCCCAGAUUAGCCUGUGCAGUACGCACAGGCUAAUCAUGGACGACACUUUCCGCUUAAACUAGAUUUUUGGUAAAAAGGGAUUCCUUUAAACGAAAAAUACUAUUAAAGCGGAAAGUAUUACGCACAAGCAUUAAGCCCAGUUUUCUCUAAACGCGACUCAAAUAAUUUAAAGUUGAACUCAGGUUAGCGCUGAGAGCUUUAUGGAAAACUUGGCCAUCUUGUUGAAAUUGACAUACAGCAUUAUCAUCCGAGAUUCUUGCUUUAGCAUGUGAAGGUUAUUUGUGCAGUACAUUGUGCUGAAAAUGCCAAUAUUCCAUUAUUCUUACUUGUGUAAUGCAAACUUUAUGAUUAUGCAGUCCUGAGCCUUCUGUUAUUGUUAAUAACUCAGGGUUCCCAGCUAACCUGGAAAUCCGGGAAAACCUGGAAAAAGACUUUCACUUUUUCAAUUCAGGGAAUUAGGGAAAAGCUCCUGAAAUCAGGGAAAAACCAGGGAAUUGUGUUUGGUCAGACUUUCCUGACUUGUGUCAAGAAGUCCAUACAAUUAAAACAGCAAAUCGAUUCCUCUGCAUAACUAUGGUAGCUUUGUAGUAUACAUGUAGCUUAGUUAUGUCUGCUACUGCUGUUUAUUGAGGGUGUCUAAAACAAAAAAUAGGUCGAAAUUAUGAUACUGGAAUUUUUAUUUUCCAUCAGGGAAAAAUCGGGGAAUUUUGUUCAUACAAAAAGCUGGGAACCCUGUGUUAAACUUUAAAUUAUGUUUUAUGGGGAAUAUAAUGUAUUUUACUUGUUGCUUUCAAUAGUCACUGUAUGAAAAUGUGCUGUUUACCAUGUGCUGAUUACUUUGUAUCUUUACUUUGACUGUUGACAGGGAAAGUGUGCCCAUUACCCUUUGAUAACCGUGCAAGAAACAAACAGAAGUCAUCUUCCAAUGUUUAAAGAGUUCUCUAAUGCAAUACAUGUAUUUGACUAUUAUGACAGAGAGGCUUUACCACUAAUUAACUGAAUUAACUAUGUAUAAUCCUUUAAACAUAAAGGUUUUCACAUUAAAUUUUUUUUAAAGAAUUAUUGUUUUUAUUUCAAGUUUGCAGUCGAGUGCAAAUACAGGUUUAUCAUGCUUAAAAAUAGAAAAAAUAUAUACUUUAGAGCUUAUUCCUAACUAAUCGUUAUAGCACAACAAUUGUAUUUAUUUAUAUACGGAUUUCCUGAGAAAUUAUUGGGAAAACAAUGCUUUUUUAAUGAGAAAUUCAGCACGGUUAUUUAAUGUCUGCUGUAUCAGCCCUGUGUCACAUUGAAAGAAAGUCCAUACUUUCACAUGUUCUUGUUCUGUUGUGGUGCAUACUUAAUUCAUUAUUUAUGUAAAAGUACAUGUAUUAAAACUUGAUUAAAAUAAGUUCUCAAAAUCCUUCUUGAAAUAACCAGUUUUGUUUUCAUAUUUUUUACAAAAAUGGUUACUGUGAUCAAUAAUAGCUUUGUUAAAACAAGUUCUGUUUAAACUAAGAGCAAGUUUUCUUUUGAAUGGAAUGGAAUUUUGUGUUGGUUUAUACCUUGUAAACUUUAUUCCCCUUUUUGACGCAGUACUCUGAUUAGUGCUUAUGUAUACAUAUCUAUAUUCAUGUUAUAAAGAACUCUAUAAUUAGCUGAUUUGAACUAUGCAAGUAAUUGUGGUUCAGUGGUUCAAUUAAUAUGGGUAUGAAGGCAUGUCAUGGGGCCUGCAUCCACAAGGGCACAUAAUUCAGUAAACUUGUCUGCAUCACCUUUCCUGACAGAAACUUGCUAUUGACUAGUGCCCUUGUACAACACUUACCCACAUCAUGUAGCCCCGUUCUCCCAAAACAAGGCUGAACUAUCAGACAACAUUCUUGACAACUUUACUAAUAAGUGAAAACAGGUUAUUUAUCAUUUUGUAUAUUUAUUUAUUUUCUGAUUGGAAUAUUAAAAAAAAUAAUUUCAAUAUCUCUGUUAUGAGUUUUUUUAGCAUUUUUUAGCUCAUCUAUUUUUUGAAAAAAAAUUAUGAGCUAUUGUCAUCACCUUGGCGUCGGCGUUGGCGUCCGGUUAAGUUUUGCGUUUAGGUCCAAUUUUCUCAGAAAGUAUCAAUGCCAUUGCAUUCAAACUUGGUACACUUACUUACUAUCAUGAGGGGACUUGGCAGGCAAAGUAAGAUAACUCUGGCAUGCAUUUUGACUGAAUUAUGUGCCCUUUUUAUACUUAGAAAAUUGAAAAUUUUGGUUAAGUUUUGCGUUUAGGUCCACUUUUUUCAGAAAGUAUCAAUGCUAUUGCAUUCAAACUUGGUACACUUACUUACUAUCAUGAGGGGAUUGGGCAGGCAAAGUUAGAUAACUCUGGCGUGCAUUUUGACAGAAUUAUGUGCCCUUUUUAUACUUAGAAAAUUGAAAAUUUUGGUUAAGUUUUGUGUUUAGGUCCAUUUUAUUCCUUAAGUAUCAAAGCUAUUGCUUUCAUACUUGCAACACUUACUAACUAUCAUAAGGGGACUGUGCAGGCAAAGUAAUGUAACUCUGACUGGCAUUUUGACAGAAUUAUGUGCCCUUUUUAUACUUAGAAAAUUGAAAAUUUGGUUAUGUUUUGUGUUUAGGUCCACUUUAAUCCUACAGUAUCAAAGCUAUUGCUUUCAUACUUGCAACACUUACUAACUAUCGUAAGGGGACUGUGCAGGCAAAGUUAUGUAACUCUGACUGGCAUUUGGACUGAAUUAUGGGCCCUUUAUACUUAGAAAAUUGAAAGUUUGCUUAAGUUUUGUGUUUUGGUCCACUUUACCCCUAAAGUAUCAUAGAUAUUGCUUUCAUACUUGGAACACUCGCAAACUAUCAUAAGGGUACAGUAAAAGGACAAGUUGCAUAACUCUGGAUGUCAUUUUUACGGAAUUAUGGCCCUUUUUUGACUUAGUAACUUUGAAUAUAUGGUUAAAUUUUGUGUUUCGAUCCACUUUACUUCUUAAGUAUCAAGGCUAUUGUUUUCAAACUUCAAAUACUUUCAUGCUAUGACAUGAGGUUACUGUACCUGGCAAGUUGAAUUUUACCUUGACCUUUGAAUGACCUUGACUCUCAAGGUCAAAUUAUUAAAUUUUGCUAAAAUUGCCAUAACUUCUUUAUUUAUGAUUAGAUUUGAUUGAUAUUUUGACAAAACUACUCUUACCUGACAUACCACAAUAGACUCCACCCAAACCAUCGCCCGUGCCCCCCCCCCCCUUCCCCCCCCCCCUUCACCUUUAAAAAGAAAAUAGAUGAGCGGUCUGCACCCGCAAGGCGGUGCUCUUGUUUAAAGAAACAUAUCACAGUCAUCCAGUUGUAGUGGUAUUAAUUAGUGCAGGUGCAUUAGUGCUGUUGAACUAAAAUAGUGCUGGUAUGCUGUUUACUAGCAAAUUACAUACAAAAUGUGAAAAAUUGUAGUCUAACAAGUUACUUACUGAGUUUUAUAUGCUGUGUACGAACAUGUUACAUACUAAGUACACUUAAUAAGAUAGUUUUAAAACAUUUUGGAACAGUGUUGUAAAGUAUUAAAAUCAUAUUUUGUUAAAUUUUUUACAUGAUAAAUGUACAAUCUCCUAGCAUUUUAUAAUUAACCACACGAUGUGUUCAAAAUAUGUCUGUCUUGACAUUAAUCUAGCUGAGUAUUAAUUUUGUUCUUUACACAACUGUUAAUAAAUAAACAUGCGAAAAUAA